CGGGCCAUGAAGGCAGCAGCAGCUCUGGUUUAUCAGUGAGGACGCUGAGCGGCUCGGAUCAGUUGAGUGUGAAGAAGUCCUGAUGGAGCCCAGAGGACAGCACGUGAUGUGGACACACGCUCCGCGCUGACGUCUACAACAACAGCUGAAGACUCUCGCUCCCGCAGAGACACGCACGGCCCCGCACGGCCCCGCACGCUGCUCGGGCCGACACACCAGAAGAAGUUUUCAGGAGGAGUUGAGGAGAAAGUUUGAGAGAUGACCGAGCCGGAGAGGAGCGAGCACAUUCCUGAUGAGGCUGCAGGAAAAGGAACAGGAAUCCCGAACGGAGGAAAUUCUGCAAAGAGCAAAGAGGACUUCGACCUGGCCUCCAUCUAUGUGUCGGACGCUCAGUACAACAGGAACAUCUACUUCGACACGUCGCCUCAGGCUGUGAGACUGUACCUGCGCUACAACCACUGGCUCCCUCAGGUGCUGCUCUACGUCUUCAUCCUGGUCGAUCUGUCUCUGGCGCUCUUCGAGGAGCCGGCCGUCUUCGCUCUGCCAACAUGGGCAACCAUGCUGGUGGAGCUGCUGUGUCUGAUCGUCUUCACCAUCCGACUGGUUCACUACGCCAAAGUGAUCCCUCGAGACAAGUUCUGGAAAGAUCCCAAAAACAUCUGCAUCAUCGUCAUCCUCGGGCUCACUCUGGUGGAUAUGAUCAUCUACGGAGCGCUGAAAGCUUCCAACUGUCGCGCCGUCCGCUGGUCCAGAGUCCUGCGCCCGCUGCUGCUGGUCAACGUCACCGAGGGACGGCAGCUCCGCAGAGCGUUCAGGAGCAUCCGGAACGCUCUGCCUCAGAUCUUCUACGUCUUCCUGCUCUUCAUGUUCAGCCUCCUCAUCUUCUCCCUCAUGGCCCUCAAACUGUUGGGAAAACGAGGCCUGAAGACGAUCGAUGGAGCUCCGUACUUCACCAACUACCUGGAGAUCGUCUUCGACCUGUACGUCCUCGUCACCACUGCCAACAGCCCCGACGUCAUGAUGCCGGCGUACAACGCCAGCAAUGGCUUCGCCAUCUUCUUCAUCUUGUACAUCCUCAUCAACACCUACAUCUUCAUGUCCGUCUUCUUGGCCGUCGUCUACAACAACUACAAAAAAUACCUGAAGGAGGAGGUACGGCAGCUGGUGAGGGCCAAAAGGCACAAGAUGGUGCGAGCGUUCGCCGUGCUGCAGGAGCAGAGGGAGGAGGGCGGGGAGCCCGUGGUGAGCCAGGCUAACUGGAACCAGUUGGUCCGACUGGUGCAGCCCGACCUCAGCAACGCCCACAGAGAGCUGCUGUGGAGCGUGUCCGACGACAAGAACCAGGGCUGCAUCGGUAAAGUGGCGUUCGUCCAGCUGGCCGACCUCUUGAACAUUGAGGUGAUCACACUAAAGUCGAGACCACACCCCCUCCAGGGCGUGUGCCCCGCCCUCUACCUGUCGGCCCCCAGCCGCCUCCUCUGCCGGCUGGUCCAACACAGGGCCUUCGUGAUCGUGUACGACCUGAUCAUCCUGGUGAACGCUGUCUUCAUCGGUCUGGACGAGGAGAAUCCGCUCAUCUCCAACUCGGAGUGGGUUUUUCUGGCUCUGUACCUGCUGGAGAUCCUGCUGAAGCUCUACGUGUUCGAGCCCAGAGCUUUCUUCUCCCGCCACAGCUUCUGGAACUGGUUUGACACCAUCAUCGUUGUCGCUGCUCUCGUCGCCACAAUCAUCAACUCCGCCAUGAAGUCAUCGGGGGAUUACACCAGCCGUCAGAUCCUGGACAUUGUCUUCAUCCUGCGAGUCCUCAGACUGAUCCGGGUGGUGGACAGUAUCAAAAGGUUUCGUACAAUCAUCAACACCCUGAUCCGGAUCGGCCCGGCGAUCCUCACAUUCGGACAGCUGAUCAUUGUGGUGUACUACAUCUUUGCCAUGGUGGGGAUGGAGAUUUUCAAAGGGAAGGUGAAGUUUUACGAGGCGGACUCCAGCGACCCUGCGAAGGCGUACUGCGGGAACCCUCUGCUGAACGGAACGCCCUUCGCACAACUCAACUACUGCAAGAACAACUUCAACGACGUGGUGUCCUCCUUCGUCCUGCUGGUGGAGCUCACCGUGGUCAACCAGUGGCACGUGCUGAGCAGCGGCUUCGCUCUCGUCACCCACGUGUCAGCGCGGAUCUACUUCGUCCUCUUCCACAUCGUGGUCGUCAUCAUCAUCAUCAACAUCUUCGUGGCGUUCGUCCUCGAGGCGUUCUUCGUGGAGUACUCUGUGGAGAAGAGCGACCUGCAGACGUCUCUGGAGAAGAAGAUCGAGGAACUGGAGCUGGCUGUGGCCCAAGAGAAGCUGGAGGAUAACUUGGUGAACGCCAUGGAAACCAUCGACAGCGACCAGGGAACCGGCCAAUCAGCAAACAGCAAGCCGGGUCUGAUGUUUAAAAUCGCUUCAAAAAGAUAUCGGACGGUGGACGCUCUGCUGCAGCGGAUGUUUGAGGCCGAUCUCGACCCCGAAGACUUUGCUGAGACCGACGACCCCACAGCUCCAACCAGCGGCAACUUCUCCAACCCGGCGUUCAGCUCUGCGUGAUCAAUAAUGUACAGAAAUAUAUGAAGGGAAGCAGAGUCUCUGAUCUAUAUGCAGUUUUUAUACUCCUGUGAUGUGUCCAGUCAUAUCCACUUUAUAUUUUUAUAUCUGUGUCCUGCAGGCUGCAGAAACACAAAGAGAAUCUGUAUUUUCACAUAAAGAAUAUUUACACUCA